CAGCCAAUGCAUAAAUCUCAUUUCUCGCACGGUGUCCGUACUCCUUGCCGUGUCAAAGGCAUGUGCCCAUGCCCGGCUGCAUUGGGGAAUUUCGAGCAGACGACGGUCGUUGAAAUCGCGUUGUGAAAUGAGUCGUAAAAUUUAAAUAUGUAGAAUAUAUACUUUGAACGGAGAGUUAUUACCCCUUCGUCCGCAUGAUAACUUGAUUUACAAUAAAUAUAUAAUAUUUACCUCUAAAAUUUCACAGUGUGUGUGUGUGAAAAGAAAUCCAGUAUUUCAUCUACCAGCAGCGCCAUCGACGACAGAAGUAACCGCGCUCGAUCGCAGCAGACUAAGCGAUGCCUGCGUCGACAAAAAGGACUGGACCUCUCAUCGGAGUAAUAGAUGUCGGCACGAGGACCGUGAGAUUUGUGGUGUUCAACGCCAAACACGUGGCCGAACUAGCAUCCCAUCAGAUAGACAUAGAGCAGCACAGCCCGCAAGAAGGAUGGGUGGAACAGGACCCGAAGGAAAUUCUAUUCGCUGUAAAAGCCUGCGUGAAGGAAGUAUUGCGGAAAUUCGAGGGGCUAGGUCUUUUCGUGACUGACAUAGUGACGAUCGGCGUAACGAAUCAGCGGGAAACGACCGUUGCUUGGGACGGGACAACCGGCGAGCCUCUGUACAACGCGAUAGUCUGGUCGGACAUCAGGACGGACGCUACGGUGGAUCAGAUCAUCGCCAAGUUUCCAGACCAGAGUAAAAACCACCUUAAACCGCUUUGUGGUUUGCCGGUGAGUCCAUAUUUCUCUGCGCUUAAAAUAAGAUGGCUAAAAGACAACGUGCCGACAGUAUGGAAAGCGAUGCGGGAGCGAAGGUGCAAGGUCGGAACCGUCGACACCUGGGUGAUCUGGAACCUGACCGGCGGCAAAGAUGGGGGACUCUACAUAACCGACGUUACAAACGCCUCGAGGACGAUGCUGAUGAACAUUGAGACUCUCUCCUGGGACCCGACCCUCUGUAGGUACUUCGACAUCCCGAUGAAACUCCUGCCGGACAUCAAAAGCAGCUCGGAAAUAUACGGAAAGGUCGCAGUUGGACCUUUGAGGGGCAUCACUAUUUCCGGGAUACUCGGAAACCAGCAAUCUGCUCUGGUGGGUCAAAACUGUCUACGUCAAGGCCAGGCCAAGAAUACGUAUAGAAGCGGGUGCUUUCUACUCUGUAACACGGGAACAACGAGGGUUCAAUCGUCUCACGGGCUAGUAACCACUGUUGCUUAUCAAUUUGGCCCUAACAGUCCAGCUGUUUACGCGCUUGAAGGUUCGGUUGCUGUAGCUGGAGCGGCGAUAAAAUGGCUUCGAGACAACAUCAAGUUGAUCAAUGAUGUCAAAGAGAGCGAAGAUUUGGCGCAGAGUGUUUUCAGCACAGGGGAUGUGUACUUCGUCCCUGCAUUUUCCGGCCUCUACGCCCCUUACUGGAGGAAAGACGCCAGAGGUAUUAUUUGCGGUCUCACCGCCUUCACGACGAAGCAGCACAUUAUCAGAGCCGCCUUAGAAGCUGUUUGUUUCCAAACGAGGGAUAUCCUUGAGGCAAUGCACAAGGACUGUGGUUUCCCACUGACGAAACUAAACACCGAUGGAAAAAUGACAACCAAUAACUUGUUGAUGCAACUGCAAGCAGAUCUAUGCGGCACUCCAGUCUUCAGAUCAACUAUGCCUGACAUUACGGCGCUGGGUGUGGCGAUGGCAGCGGGACACGCGGAAGGCAUCGGUGUCUGGGAGCUGGAGGGUGAAGAGGUAGAAACAGUCCCCACCGACACGUUUUUGCCAACGACGACACCAGAAGAGAGAGACGCGAGAUACACCAAGUGGAAAAUGGCUGUUCAAAGAAGUCUGGGAUGGUCGACGGUAAAGAUGUCUGACCAGAUGACAGACGAGCGGUACAAGAUGCUGGCAUCGAUACCAGCGAGUUGGUUCCUGAUGACGAGCUUCAUCCUCCUUCAGUUGAGUACAUAUUUGGAAAAUCGGUGACAUCGAACCAAUUGCGGCUGCAACGCGUAGCGGUUGGAUUUCAGAAAAAUUUAAAGGUGGCGGGUAGCCUGUAUAUACAUUAUACAAUUCAUAGUACCCAGUUAAUCAAAAAUUGUAAUAGUAAUUACGAGGCGGCGGUGCCGGUCCAUGGCCGACAUGAUUGGAACACCACCGAAAUUCAGUUCCCGUGUUCUAUUAGUAGUUACGUAAGUUUAGAAAGAAUCAAGGUUCAUUCCGUUCGCUAGCACCUUCGCAAUCGAAAUUUCGGUUGCCUUUUACUUUUUGGAACAAUGGCAAGUCUUCAAAAGCUAGGAAUUAAAUUUUAUAGCCCAUAACACCAAACUCAAUUUCUGUUGUGAGUAUGUGUGUUGGAAUCGACAAAAAGAAAAGGCGUAUUCUCGAAGCGCUGCGGUUGAUUAUAAAAAUUAUAGCAAAAAUAUCCGACUAGUUAUUCUUACUGUUGUUAUUAUAUUAUUACUAUUAUAAUCAUCAUUCUAACAUUUCCUUUCCUGGUGUGAAUUUCCAGUGUUUAAAAAUAACUUAACCUAGCUGAUAAAUAUUGAUAUGCAUGACAUUUGUUUAUUUUUUUUGGCCCUCUUUAUUUUUUAAUUUUCCUUUACCCUGUUCGAAGUACAGUCAUACCUAGCUGACAAUGAGUUUUAAUAAGUACUAAAUUACCGAACUCUUUUAGCAAUGAUAUUCUAUUUUAGUGUCUGAUUCUUACAAUAAUACGGAAUGGCUUACUUAACGAACGUUCUCCGGAGCUAGUCAGAAUUAUCUGUAACAUGACAACAGCGUAUCACAUGUCAAACACACGUGUUCACGCGUGAUUGUUAAAUUUAUAUACAUAUAGAUAUACAUACGAAUAAG